AUGGUGAAGCUUUACAAACCCACUUGGGUCAGCCACGACGGUAAUCCCAUAUUCUCUUGCGAUGUUCAUCCCGACGGGAGCCGUUUCGCGACCGGCGGUCAGGGUCAGGAUUGCGGCCAGGUCUGCAUCUGGAGUAUGGGUCCCGUUUUGCGCGCAGAUGAGGAACGUAGAGAAACAGUACCAAAACUGCUAUGUCAAUUAACGAAUCAUCUGGCGUGCGUCAAUUGCGUGCGUUGGUCCCACGACGGUCGAUUCCUCGCUUCCACCGGAGACGACAAAACAAUCAUGAUUUGGCAGAUAGGUCGUACGAUAACUGGACCGGGCUCAUACGGAGCAGCCUUUGGGAAAGCCAACGUGGAACAAUGGCGUACUGUUGCCUGCUUGAAGGGGCAUGACGGAGAUAUCUUGGAUGUUUCCUGGUGCCCAUCUGACCAAUAUAUCGCUUCGUGUUCCGUGGACACGACUUGCAUCAUAUGGAGUACUCGGCGAUGGCACGAUCGAGUGGCCAUCCUCAAAGGACAUCAAGGUUUUGUAAAGGGCGUGAGCUGGGAUCCUGUCGGUAAAUACAUAGCGACUCAGAGCGACGACAAAACUAUCAGGAUCUGGCGAACGCACGAUUGGCAACAGGAGUGUGUGAUCAAAGAGCCCUUCGAAGAAUGCGGGGGUACGACCCACGUGCUGAGGCUGAACUGGUCUCCUGACGGCCAAUACCUGGUCUCCGCGCACGCUAUGAACAACGGUGGUCCAACCGCCCAGAUCAUCGAACGAGGCACGUGGAAAACGGAUAAAGACUUUGUUGGGCAUCGCAAAGCCGUGGCGGUCGUCCGGUUCUUCCCGAGCAUUAUGAAACGCACUGGUCAGGAUGGCCAAACCGAGUACUUCGCGUGUCUAGCGAUUGGUUCCAGAGACCGUUCGGUCUCCGUUUGGCUGAACGAUAAGCGUAGACCACUGUGUGUCGUCCAUGAUCUGUUUACGAACUCUGUCGUGGACGCGAGUUGGAACCCCGUCUCGAGUCAACUCCUCGUCUGCUCUUCCGAUGGCAGUCUCGCAGUUCUGGACUUCUCGAUGAAGGAGUUGGGCGAACCACUGACGGCGGACGAAAGAACAAGUUUUUUCCACAAAAUAUACGGAUUCUCAGGGCAAGCUGUCGGAGCCUUAUCUUCCGUGAGCAACAUCCUCGUAGAGAACGUGGACGUUCUGAAAGCGCACGAAAAAGCCAAGACGAAUGGAAUGACGAUUCAAGCUCCCAAACCCGACAUAUCUCAAACUCAAAGUAACACCUCGCUCCUAUCGAGCCAACGUCUCGCCAAAGGUCCCACAGACCGCCAAAUCGAGACCAUCAUGCCAAACGGAAGGAGACGUAUCACUCCACUGUACAUUCCUCUUGAUCUUGAGGGUCCAGACUUGGGUCAACCAACCUUCAGCAGUUCUACCAUGGAAAGGUCGAAAAUCAUUGUUGAAAAGCGCGAGUCGAACUCGUUGCCGCCGCUAGCCUCGAUGGCCCCCACAGGAGCGAUAGAGGAGCCCCCUCGUCAGCUUCCCAAUGCCGCUGCCAAAACGAAGGACAACAAUACCGCGGCCGCGUCAACGUCUCAACCUGUUUCAACGGCGACUUUGACCAUUGCGAGUAACGCUGCAGUUCCGGGAAAAGGAAAACCCAAGCGGAUAAAGCCAACGAUGGUGGCUGCCGCGCUAGAAGCGGAGCCCGCGGUUCCCAGCACCGCACAGUAUGAAGCAGCUACCGCACCACGCUCGGAAGCAGUCCAGCAACAAAUAUAUUAUCAACAGCAACCUCAGGUACCAACGCAACUGGUCGCCGCACCUCUGGUAGCUGCGAUUUCGGGCUCAGGUACGUCCUCCAUCUUCCCGGCUCUGCGGCUUAAACAACCAUGUGUCAUCAAGGUCGACCAAAGUUUCUCGAUCGAAGUGGUCACGGAUGUCCCGGCUCCAGGGGGCUCGACCCUGUCCCGAGUCAUCUGCAAAUCUACAAACAAUUCGAGUGAAUUGACCCCGCUUAUGCAUCACGAGAUCUGGGACGCCGUCGUCGGUGGCCGUCUGGUGGCUGUCGCAGCCACCUCGCGAAUCGUCUGCGUGUGUGGGGAUGAUCAACUUCUGACUCUGUUCUGCGCUCGAACUGGUCGCAGGCUUUGUACUCCUUUGCUCGUCAGCUCGACGAUAGCUCAGUUGACCUGUCGGGACAACUUCUGCUUGGUCGUCACAUCUGACGGUAAACUCUGUGUAUAUGAUGUAGAAAAAGUUUCCGAAAUCGGUAUGAGAAGGAUUCUCAGCGAAGAUCUCCGACCUCUCAUACAAGCGAAUCGAGGAUCUCCGCUGCGCUCCGCCAAUAUAAUCGCCGAGGGCUGGGCCGUAGUCACAUUUUCAAACGGACGCAGCUACUUAUUCGAUAAACAAUCGCAAUCGUGGUGUCUUGUAAGCGCCAAUGCCGAUUUGAUCAGUCAGUGCUCGGAUCACUAUAGCUCACUCCCUGGCCUUCUCGAGGGUUAUACGGCCAAGGGACCUCUCGAGCGACUCCAGGGCUCGUUGUUCAAGGCCACAGUCGAGCGGAAUCGGAGUAGUCUUCUCACGAAUCCCGCCAUUCAGAGAUCCACCACCCUUGCUUUCAUCGAGUCGGAGAUGAACGCCUCCAAACUCCUCUGCUCCAAAGAGGAAUACCGUUAUUGGCUCGCCACUCAAAUUCGUUACCUUACUCAAGAAGGCAUGGAGUUACGUUUGCGACAUGUCCUCGAUGAUCUCCUGGGUCCAGUGGGUGCCGAUGUGCCCGUGCACUGGAAUUCGAGGAUAUUAGAUUUGGACAAACGAGAACUCCUCAAAGAGUUUCUGCCUUCCGUCGCGACCAACUUGAAACUGCAGCGAAUAUUCGUCGAAUACAGCCAUCAGCUGAAGUCUCUGGAUGCUAGCGAAUCGGGUAAACUACCCAGAGUGACAUCGCUCAAGGCUCGUCAAUUCGCGCGUUUGACUUUCAAAGCGGUCAAACGGAAAAUCUCCGAUGUGGAAAAUGGGGAUCACGUGCCGGAGCAGGCCGUACGACCCACCGAAGAAAUCGGACCAAACACCGACCAUCUAGCCGGAGGAUUGCAAGAAGACAAUGACAAGUUCCCCUUCCUGAAAAAAGUUCCCGGAGCUCGGAAGCGAGGUAGACCGCCGAAGAAUGCGCACAAGAGGGUUACCCUCAACGGACUCAACGGCCAGGCUGUCGCGAACGGAUGCGCACAUAUAGAACCAGAAGAAGAAGCUGAGCCCCUCGGAACUGCCAACCGCUUGGAGGCUCCCGGGCUCCCGGAAAACGACAGAGUUUUGUCGGACGGUGCAAGCAAGGCGAACGGAAUCGACGAGAGCGACCUUCAAUCCCAAACGUAUUCCUCAUCCCAAAGUUCCGAACCAAUUUCGACCCUGACGACAGUGAAAAAGGUUCUUGACAGCGUCGUGAGUGAAAUCGUGAAGAGAGUGUCUCCGGAGGUCAUGAGGAUGAACGGGAGCUGA